AUGGUCCAGCUCGCUCACAUCGUACUCGCACUCGCCAUCGCAGGCGGAGCCUACUUCCUCUUCUUCCGCACCAAGUCCGACUCGACCUCGCCCUCGCCCGCCGCCGCAGCGUUCGUCAAUGGCGCAGGCGCAAAGGGCGCGAACGGCGCAUCGGGCGAAGCAGUAGAUACCGGAAGGGACUUUGUCGCGUCGCUCAACCUCUCGAACAAGAAGUGUGUCAUCUUCUACGGAUCGCAGACUGGUACGGCCGAGGACUACGGAACCCGCAUCGCCAAGGAGAUCAAGUCGCGCUACGGCAUCUCGUCGCUCGUGUGCGACCCCGAGGACUACGACUUUGACAACCUCGAUGCCGUCCCCGAAGACCACCUCGUCGUGUUCUGCAUGGCGACGUACGGCGAGGGAGAGCCGACCGACAACGCCGUCCAGCUCAUGGAUUUCUUGAAGGAGGAGCCGCAGUUCUCGAACGGCACCUCGCUCGAGAACUUGCGCUACGUGAUCUUCGGCCUCGGCAACUCGACCUACGAACACUUCAAUGCCGUCUCCCGCAACCUCGAUGAACGCCUCACCCAGCUGGGCGCUCACCGCGUCGGUCCUCGCGGCGAAGGUGACGACGACAAGUCAAUGGAGGAGGACUACCUUGCGUGGAAGGACGAGAUGUUUGACGCGAUUCACAAGCAGCUCGGCUGGGAGGAGGGCGCGGGUGGCGACGUUGCCGACUUUGAGGUCCGCGAACUUGACGAGGUCGACGAGGCCAAGGUCUACCUCGGCGAGUUGUCUGCGCGCGCUCUCACCGGCGCACGCGGCGUGUUCGACGCCAAGAACCCCUUCCCGGCCCCGCUCAUUCAGGCCAAGGAGCUCUUCGAGGACGGCGAGCGCAACUGCGUCUUUGCCGAGUUCGACAUCACCGACUCGGGCAUCCGGUACCAGACGGGCGAUCAUGUCGCUGUCUGGCCUGUCAACCCGAACGACGAGGUCGAGCGCACGCUGCACAUCCUCGGACUCGCCGACAAGCGCCACAAGGUCAUCGAGGUCAAGUCGCUCGACCCCGCGCUCGCCAAGGUCCCCUUCCCGAUCCCGACCACCUACGAGACCGUCUUCCGCCACUACCUCGACAUCUCUGCGCACGCCUCUCGCCAGACCGUCGGCCAGAUGGCCAAGUUCGCGCCGACCGACGCCGCGCGCGAGAUGCUCGAGAAGCUCGGCGCCGACAAGGAGUUCUACCACGAGGUCGUAGGCUCCAAGUGCCUCCGUCUCUCCGAGGUGCUCGUCCUCGCAGCCGGCAACGCCAACACGGUGUGGAACAUCCCCGUCGACCGCAUCAUCGGCGCGAUCCACCGCCUCCAGCCUCGCUACUACUCGAUCUCGUCGUCGCCCAAGAUGUACCCCAACUCGAUUCACGUUACUGCCGUCGUGCUCAAGUACGAGCCUGUCGUCGGCGCCAACAAGGUCUUCGGCGUCGGGACCAACUACCUCCUCAACUUGAAGAACGCGGCAAACGGUACGCUCGAGAAGGUCGAGGCGCGCGAGCAGGGAACGCCCGUCUACCACCUCGAAGGCCCGCGAGGCAAGUACAAGAAGGACACGCACUUUGCCGCCCCGAUCCACGUCCGUCGCUCGACCUUCCGCCUCCCGACCUCGCCCAAGGUUCCCAUCGUCAUGAUCGGUCCCGGAACAGGUGUCGCGCCCUUCCGCGGGUUCAUCCAGGACCGCGUUGCCCUCGCACGCAAGGCGAAGGAGAAGGACGGGCCUGACGCGCUCAAGGACUGGGGCACGAUCGACCUCUUCUACGGCUGCAGGCGGUCGACGUGGGAUUUCCUCUACAGGGACGAGUGGGACCAGUAUGCCAAGGAGCUUGACGGCAAGUUCCGCAUGCACUGCGCGUUCUCGAGGGAGCCGGGACAGCCAAAGGUGUAUGUCCAGCAGCUGUUGCGGAAUGAGGGCGACAGGGUGGGAGAGGCGCUCGUCCAGAACAAGGGUUACGCGUACAUCUGCGGCGACGCCGGCAGCAUGGCGAAGCAGGUCGAGCGCGAGCUCGCGCACAUCCUCGGCAAGGCCAAGGGCGGAUCGGACGAGGACGGCGAGAAGGAGCUCAAGUUGCUCAAGGACCGCAACCGCUUGCUUCUCGACGUUUGGUCAUAG